UCACUUCUUUCAAACAUUACUUGUAUUGUAGGUCACUGGAAGAAAAAAUGGCCGAUGAUCUUUCAGUAGGUUUCUACAUAGGAGAACUUAAUAAAUACUGUCAGAAGAACAACAUAGAUGUUAAUUAUCGUGAAGUGUCUAAGACAGGACCGCCACAUGACUUAAGGUUUACAAUUCAAGUUAUAUUGGAUGGGAGACAAUUUCCAGAAGCUAAAGGCAGAUCAAAGAAGGAAGCAAAAAAUGCUGCAGCCAAAUUAACUCUUGGAAUACUUAAAGAAGAACGGGAAUCUGGUCCUUUAACCCUGCCGACAACAGAUACUUCAGAUGAUUUGUCCAGUGAGAAUUUCAUAGGUCGUCUUGAUAGGAUUGCCCAAAAGGAAAGACUCUCUGUAAAUUAUGAACAAAGAAGUGAAUUGAACCCCAGUGGAACCGGAAGGUGAGAUGAAG